GUCGUCAAGUGUCAUGUAGUAACAAAAAUACGUAGCUGUUUAUUGCUCGCGUUGCAUUAAGUAUUUUUAAUUUUUGCAAUUAUUUAAGUCUCCACCCGAUUACAAGAGUAUAUAGAUAUCAAAAUGAAAGUGGUAGAUAAACGCGGUGCUAAAAAGCAAAAAAAUAAGAAAAAGUUACUCACAAAACCAAAAAAGGAAAAGGUUUUAGUGGUCGCACAAGAAUUCAAAUUUGCGAAAUUACUAUCUGGAAAUGAAAAGAAAAGCCGCGAUCGUGUAUUGAAAACACUUAAAAAGUGGCUUCUAAAUUGCUUUUCAAAGGACUACGUUUUCAAGGAAGACGAUUUCAUACGUGUAUGGAAAGGACUUUUCUACGCAGUCUGGAUGUCGGAUAAACCAUUAGUUCAGGAAGACUUAUGUGAGAGCAUAUCGCAAAUCCUCGAUCUAUUCCCAAAAGAGCAGUUUGAUAAUGCCAUUAUGAUGACCAAAGUGGGAUUCAAAGUGUUGGCAAUGGAGUGGUAUGGGAUAGACCAGCACAGGAUUGAUAAGUUUAUGAUGCUCGUGCGUCGCUACUUGCGCGGCAGUUUUCGAUGUUUGUUACGCACAGAUUGGGACCUUGACUCUUGUAAAAAGUACGCCGAUAUGCUGUCUUCGGAGGAUGGUCUGUUGGCACUAAAAACUCCAUUUUACGCCAGAAACGCACUUUCUUUAAUAUUGCAUAUCAUUGAUUGUUAUCUAGAAGAAUUGUCCAAAAUAUCCAGAGGUAAGAUCUCGGAUGAGAGUCUUCUCGAACUGAUAGAUCCGUUUCUAAGGCACGUUUGCAACGGUGAGAGUCAGGAGGUCAGCCUCGCUUGCCGCCAGCUGCUCACUGACCUGAUAAAGCAGAGCGAACCCGGUCUGAAGUAUGCUGGUGCUACACAGGCUUGGAAGAGAAUGGGAUGUCCGGCCGGUGGUCCCGAUGCCCUCGAGCUGGUGUCCGAUGAUGAGAAUGAAGAUGAACAGCACCAGGACCAGGAUGAGAGUCAGCUGUCGUCAGUUCUGGACCCUCGAGCUGGGCACGUGGACGUGGUGCUGGAGCCGCUGCCGGUGCCCUCGGAGCUGGUGGUGGAACGCACCAAGUGCCUGAUGAAGAGCUGCUCCUGUCCCAAGGCGUAUAAGCGAGCCAGGGCGUGCUUGGAGAGAUUCGAGAAGCUAUCCCGCAACGAUUAUCCGCUCAAGAUCAAAGCGGAGGAGGUGGAGAGGAGCCUGCCGCAGUCGGCGCGACGCAAAGCCGCCGCAGCGCUGAGGAACUUGGAGAGGAACCUCGUCAUCAGCGCUGAUGAACUGGCCCUGAGAGGUCUCCGUCGUAAACACAAAAAGCGUUUGCUCGCCAAAGCCCGCGCUGGCCUUAGUAUUAUUGAAGAUGUACAAACGAACGCACAGAAAAACCUCACUAAUGGCGACUCUCAAACUGAUAGCACAUCAGAGGACAAAACAGAGAAGACCAAUAAGAACAAAGAUAAAAUAGCGAACAAUAAGCGUAAGAGUCAAGAACCAAGUAAAGUUGUUAAGAAAAAAGCCAAAGUAGACGAUAGUAAAGUAGCUAAGUUGAAAAGUCCAAGUAGUUUAAGUCAGACGAAAAAUAAAAAAUCUAAUAAGGAAAAUGAAGUUAAAGUUAACAAAUUAGAAAAUGGUGUAGUUAAUAAGAAUGUAUCGAAAAAAGGGAAAACGGAAGAAAAAGUAGCGCCGAGUAAAGUAAAACCAGAGAAAAUUAAAAAGGCUGAAGCUGCAGUCAACGGGAAUGGAAUCCAACCUAAAGUAUUAGAUUCGAAACCUUCGAAAAAGGAAAAUGUUGAUAAAGAUGUGAAAAUCAGAGUAGAUAAGAAAGAAGCAAUCAAAGCGAAACAACAAAAAAUAAACGACACGAAAGCAAAUAGAACGGAUAGAAAGGAAGCGAAAGUUAAGAAUUAUCAGAAGCAAGUGGACAAAAAAGACAUGGAGACGCCGAAAAAGGUUAAAUUCGUUUUAAAAAAUAAUUGCAUGCAAGGUCCGGUGGAUUACUACAAGAGUGUGAGACAAAGUCCAAACAUACCUUAUGACAGCAGUAAAAAACCGAUAAAAACUAAUUUGAAACCGUCAACUCCUUCGCCAAUUAACCCUUUCUUUAAAAAGAAGCUUAAGUUAAGAGGGUAGUUUUAAUAGGAUAAUUUGUACAUUGUCAAUUUUCAUUUUAAUAAAGAUGGUUAAAUUAUCUUUUGGUUCGAUACAACGUUUUUGAAAUCUGUGUUUUGCAAUCAUUUUCUAGGUUUUUUUAUUAUUACCGUUAUGGUAUUUAUAUAAUUAAUUUUACAAAUUUAAGAUGGUA